CACAAAAUGCCAUGGCCAUGGAACAGCAACACCACCAACACCACCAACACCACCAAUCGCCGCCGCACCAACCCCACCACCACCAACCGCAGCAACAGCCUGGCACUGCGUUGGCCGUUCCUUCGCAAGACACAGAGGUCGUCGCCUACGAGCAGGACCCGAACAACCUCGCACUCAUGUUCUGCGAGGUGUUCUUCGGCAUGUUUGACCCGCCAUCCUUCACCACGGACCUCUUCUUUGACGACUGCGAGCUCAACCUGCACGUGGCACCCGCAGGCCAAAUAGAACAACACCAAGGCUCUGCCAGCGUCGUGCACCGCUUAACGAAAUUACCGCAGCAGGACAACGUCCUGUUUCGGCCGGGCGACGGCGGCAUCCGCGGCAUGCUCGAACCACACGGCCUUCUUGCUGUCGAAGUCCACGGAACCGUACACAGUCCCGGCGCAGUGAUUGGACACUUUCGACAGGCGUGCCUGCUGGCACAGGACCCGUUUUUGCAAGACACGUGGCGGGUGCGCAACAUCAACAUUGAAUGCCAGCUCUUUCCGUCGUUGAAUGGCUGACAAAUGUGACGGGGGUUGGGAGAACGGCCGGAGGGGGGAAGGAAGGGAGUAAACGACACGUUGGUUG